GAACCAAACGUUUCACACGGAAAACCAACGGCAGUCACAUGAAACGAUGUAGGGUUUGGGGAGGAGUCUCAGAGCAAAGAUUUGAUAAAAACUCAGAACCAUUCAAGUGGGAAGCAGUCUCUCCAGCUGGUUGGAGUUGAGAGGAAGGAAAUGGUUGAAAGGUUAUCCAAAAUGAAGGCCUCCUUCUGUUCCAUUUGCUUGGUGGCAUCCUUUCUGGCUGUUGCCUCCGCACACACACUUGACCCUGCAUUAGACGAAGCUUGGUUGAACUGGAAGUCAUUUCACAGUAAAGAGUAUACUGAGGAUGAAGAGAACUACAGAAGGACGGUGUGGGAGAAAAAUUUAAAAUUAAUCGAGCUUCAUAAUCUGGAGCACUCAAUGGGGAAGCACUCAUUCCAGCUGGGAAUGAACCAAUUUGGAGACCUUACAGCUGAGGAGUUCCAUCAAUUUAUGAAUCGACCUCAUCUAUUUGAAAUGAAAAACUCAACCAGGAAAGAACAUGCUUCAACUAGGCCCAAACCAUUCAGACUUCCUCAGAGCGUUGACUGGAGGGUCAAAGGCUAUGUUACUCCAGUGAAAAAUCAGAAACACUGUGGUUCGUGCUGGGCUUUCAGUGCAGUUGGUGCCCUUGAGGGACAGACGUACAAGAAGACAGGAAAGCUCAUCUCAUUGAGUGAACAGAACCUGGUUGACUGCUCCAAUUCAGAGGGCAACCAUGGAUGCAAUGGUGGGCUAAUGGAAAAUGCCUUCAACUACGUUCAGUCUAAUGGUGGGAUUGACACAGAGGAUUAUUAUCCAUACACUGCACAAGAAGGCACCUGUAAGUAUAAUCCCAGUUACAGUGCAACCACUUGCCAUGGUUCCAGAUUUAUAUCCAGGGGUAAUGAAGCAGCACUAGCUGAAGCAGUGGCCACCGUUGGACCAAUAUCAGUCGCCAUUGAUGCAAAACAUUUGUCAUUCCAGUUUUACAGAUCAGGUGUUUACUAUGAGGCAAACUGCAAUGACAUCAACCAUGGAGUACUAAUAGUGGGAUAUGGGAGUGAAAAUGGAGAGAACUAUUGGAUCGUUAAAAACAGCUUUGGAAUACGGUGGGGUGACAAAGGCUACAUCAAGAUGUCCAAGGAUAGGAACAACAACUGUCAAAUUGCUACCUAUGCAGUCUACCCUCUUGUUUAGUCUGAAAAGAGUAUUGCCUUUAUAAAGAAAAACUUACUGCACUUUUUGCAAUAUUGACUAGUUUUACUUACUGUUUUAUGAUUGUUCAGUUAUUAUGGGUCCUGAAUUAUGAGGAACUAAUGGCUUCCCUGAAAAUAUCUUCAGUUUAUGCAAUGUCAUUAUGGCUGAGUUGACCAUUUAAUUAUGUACUCAGUCACUCAUGUUGAGUCUCACUCAUGUUGAGUCUAUCAUUGAUUUUGACAUUAAACUUGGCUAAUCCCAAGAGUGAAAUUACCAUUGAAUGCACAUUUCUCUGAAGAAUGCUCCCUUGUGAUUGGGCAACAUUAAAUCUAAGGAGUUGGGAUACUAAGCUUAUGUACUGCUAUUUUCAAUAUUCCUGACCAUUAUUUUUGCCAGUAUUCAGCCUUCACAUCAUUUACUACUUGGAAGCUAGCAUUCCUCACAACUUUGAUAGAGACUCAGGAAUGUGUGCGCAAAAUAAAACUGAUUUCUUUUGUCAAAUGCAUUAUAUCUGAAGAACUUGGCUAGCUGUGAGCAACUGCAUUUAAAUUAAUAGUGACCAGUGUAUGUGUGGGAUUCCCUGAAAUUCCUACUAAUGUAAUUUUUUUAAACCUCCAGUCAGGUUUCUGAGCUUCACUCUGUUCAAUGGAAAACGUUGCAGGAGUCUGGUAGUAAUUUAGCAGAGCUCCCAAAAAAGUGCUUAAUAACCAAGCUAUAUAGCUGCUCUGUUGGCUUAGUCACUUAAUGGAUAGCCUAGUGUUGCAAUGAAGCAGACCAGACAGUUGAUCCCUGGUCGGUUUUGAGUUAGUUAACCUGUAUUGACCAACUGUGAGGCGAGGAGCUUCCAUCAGCCUCAACACUUCCUGGGCAGGGAGCAGGAAAUCUCUCAUAACUCAUGUUUCUGAACUCUUGUCAGUGGAUUCUCUAGGAAUGUACAAAUGGGUGAAUACCAGUUAGGACAGCACCUGGUUCACUGGUGAUGCCCCACACUUACCAUUUAGGCCUACACUUAAAGAAUGGCCCUUUGGAUGACGGACCAGAGGGAACCCUGAGGUCAGAGUGUUUGUUGGGGUUGACAGCAGUAACUGAUCUCUAGGUGUAGUUUCAUUCAGAAUCUACUUGAUCUCACCUUUGCUGCAUAACAAGACACAAUUGCACGUCAUGAGCCAGUUUUGGUUGAGGCCACUGAAGCAAUCCAAAAGCAAGUACUCACUUCUUGGGUUCAGCAAAGAAUCAAAGGACCUUAGUGUGGAGUAGGAGGCACAUUCAAAAUGAUUAAUUGGGAAAUGAAAGAGAUAGAAAAGCAAGCUGAAUGGACUGUGUGCUCUCUACUUAUUUCUACAUUUUUACAAGAAUAUAAGAAAGGGUGGGACAUGAGAGGGUUAAUCAUUGAAAAGCUCAAGAAAGACAAAAUUUAUGUGCUGCCUGCAGCAGAAGCAAUGGGUGCGGAUUAACUGCACAUCACAAUCUCUGGCUGUUUCAGGGGCUAUUCCAUUUCCCCCAUUAUUUUGGUUAUUAUAGAUUCCUAAUAAUCAAUGUUAUAAAAAUAACAUGGUGAAAUCCAUUGUAAUUGGAGAAAACAAAGGGAAGAACUGUAAUAAUUUACGAUUUAGGAGUACUGCUGAGCUCCUUGAACUUCCAGUGGCUUUCUUGUUUUCACAAAAUGAUGAUCUCGAUCAAUGUUUUAUUCAACAUUCCUCUUUAGAAAUGAUGUAUGUUUUAAAAUUUUUUUUUGUGGAUCAAUUUUUCAGAAAAUAAAAAAUAUUCAGAAAA